CUUACUCCCACACCCGACCAUACGACCACCGCUGUCGGUGGCUUACAUGGCAACCAUGUGUGAACCAACGUAUAGGAGUCGUCGUGUACCAUCGCCAGGCGUCUUCCUGGUUAUGGACAAGGCAAAAACGGAAGCAAGGGCUUCUGGUGUUUCCGUCGUGGACUUGAGCAUUGGUGCAUCAGACCUACAGCCACCGCCGGAGGCGCUCUUAGCCUUGAAGGAAUCCGUUGACGACCCCAGCACGCACAGCUACUGCUUGAAAAGCGGCACCAUGCCGCUGCUCGAGGCAGCUACGGAAUGGUACGGCCAGCGGUACGGCGUGCAGUUAGAUCCCGCCACGGAGGCUCUAAGUCUCAUCGGAGCGCAGGAGGGGCUGGCGCAUGCGCUGCUGGCGGUGGCUGACGUGGGGGACGUCAUCCUCAUGACCAGCGUCGCCUACCCCAGCUACUUUGGCGCAGUCCAGGUUGCCGGCCUGGUCCCCCACUACCUGCCCCUGGGCCCCGACCUGCUGCCCCAGCUGGACCGCCUGACCCCGCAGCAGCUGCAGGCGGCGCGCGUGCUGCUGCUCAACUACCCCAACAACCCAACCGCCGCGGUGGCCAGCCGGGAGUUCUUCCAGCGGGCGGUGGACCUGUGUCGGCAGUACGGCAUACUGCUCGUACAUGACAACCCGUAUGUGGACCUGGUGUUUGACGAGUCCGCCGACUCCCCCUCCCCGCUGGCGCUGCCUGGCGGGCGGGAUUGCGUGUUGGAGCUCUUUUCCUUCGCCAAGUCCUACCACCUGGGCGGCUUCAGGCUGGGAUUCGCGCUGGGCAAUGCGCGGGCGGUUGCGGCGCUGGAGGCGGUGAAGGCGCCCACCGACUUCAACCAGUACAAGGGCAUCAUGCGCAUGGGUGUGGCCUGUCUGCGGCUGCCCCGAUCGGUUGUGCGGCGGGACGCGGGGGUGUGGCGGCGGCGGGCAGCUGCCAUGGUGGCGGCGCUGCGGGAGGCGGGCUGUGAGGGGGUGCGCAUGCCGGGGGCAGGUGCGGGGAGAGCAAGGAUGUGGGUGGGGAGAAGGGAGGUUUGGGGGAUUGUUUGGAGAAGGGAGGGGAUGCGUUGGUUGGGUGCAGGCCGUUCGGUGGCAUUGCUGUUUUAGGCUCACUGUAUUGGUCUAUACCUUGUACAUCGUUAUGAGUGCCGCUGUUGUUUGUGGUUGUCGUAGCUUUGGAGAGCAUGUGGGGCGAGCGUUCGAGCUUACAGCGCUGUUGUGGCAGGCUAGAAACCCUGCCAUGUCCAGAGCGGAAACAGCCGCUGCGCUGACUCGUGCAAGCAAACACCACUCCGCUUCCCAGCUCCCCCCUGCCAAGCACCCUCUACACCCAAUCCGCCCCCUCCUCCUAAUGCUAACCCGCGCUCGCCCCGCCCCUCUCCCUCCCCCCCCGCAGGCAUGUACCUGUGGCUGCCGCUGCCGGCCGGUGUGGACGACCUGCAGUUCUGCCAGCGCCUGGUUGCCCGCACCGGGGUGGCGCUGGCGCCGGGGAGGGGAUUCGGGCCGGGCGGGGCGGGGUGCGUGCGUGUGGCGCUGGUGGCGCCGGAGGAGGUGCUGGCUGGGUGCGCGAAGAGGAUUGCGGAGGCCAUGCGGGAGGCGGCGGGGGAGGUGCGAGCAGCAGUAGG